AUGAGCCACGAGGAGCUCCUCCUCGAGUGGUACUCUGCCCAGCAGACCAUCAAAGUCGACAUCGUCGGGGAUUUUGCGGGGGGCGAGCCGUUUGCCAUUCAUGGAGAAUCGCUCAUCAAGUAUUGCCUGGAGCAGUCUAGAGUGGAUUUUGACGGCGGCUUCCAGCUCCUCCAUGCCGUGUACGCAGUGGAAAGCUUCCUGAAUGACCUGCAAAAGCGAGGCUGUAACUUUGACAUCUUCUUCUUCCGAGACCUCGAUGAUGUCUGUGUCCCAGAGGGAGCAGCCGCUGCCGAUGCGUACAAGUACCAUCUCACGAGGGCCAUUCUCAUCCAGCACCUUGCGAGAUCGGACAUUCGAUCCGAAGUCCACGAGUUCGAUUCCUUCGAGAGUGAUUCUUUUACCGAAUUUCUAUCUACUCAUUCGCUGCAGUUCAUCCUUUGCCACGAAGGAGAUGGAGACGAAGGAUCGAGGACCGUGCAACUUCGUCACCUGAUCUGGAAGUUUGCCAGCCGCGGGAGACAUGUGUUUGUUCAUUUGCUGAGCGGGACGCAAGUCUCGACUGGCAUGCUCGAGAUCAAGACUCCUUCACGCCAGCCAUCUGAGUCGUCAACGGAGAAAGAGAGCAUCAUCGACGAAUAUCUUGAGCCCGACUCCGAUUCCGAAUUGACCUUGAGAGAGUGGUUUGCUGUUAACUUUUGUUCUGGCGUCCUCGAGAAUCUGUCAUCGGACGAGAUUCCCAAAGAUACUCUGGACGAGCUUCAUGCAUUACUUCUGCACAUGGCCGCACUCCGAGUGUGUUCCCUACAGAACAGAAGAUGCGAAGCCACAAGCGGGGACUUUGAGGCUAAGCCUUUUCUUCGUCUCUUCUCCGAGGUCUCUCAAUCCUUGGCUGCGAGCGAGUCGGAAGAUUGUGAAUUGACCUGGGACCUCUUCGACCUCAUCGAUGGACGGGUCUUCUCUUUCAUGUUAAAGAAAGUCAAGACCAACAGCCCUGUACCUGCAGAGAUCAUGGAAGCUGCCUGCAGUCUCUGGAAGGAAGUCGCCCAAAUCCAAUCCGCUUAUUCGAAGCCAGAAUUCGACAUUGCUCAACGCCCAAGCGCUCCCUCGUCGCCGCCAACCGGAUCUGAGAAAAAGACCCCAGCUAUCCUAGCCUUUGACCACCCGGCCUUCAGCAAAUUCCUUGAGAACAUCAAGGUCGACGAAGCUCAAGAGACCAUCAACCCGGCUGCUAACAUUGUUUUUGAAGACCUGAAACACUGGCAUAACAACAAAAGCAACAACACCAGCAAACCUGUCGUUCCUUUCAACAAGAACCCCGCCCCACUCGGCUUCUUUGCUAGGAAACGCAAGCAACAUCAGAUGUCAGAGAUUAUUACAUAUGCAGCGAGUCUCCAAAGUGCGGCCGGAAAGAUGCUCGAUCCCGAAACCAUUAUUGUCGGGGCUCGCCAUACUCCAAGCUCAGUCAGUAAGCCAGGGAAACCGCCGGCGAAAGAGACGCAGAAGAAGGGUGGGAAGCAGUCUGCCAACAAGGGCGGAAAGGAAAAAGCUCUCAAGGCUGCCCAAGAAAUCCAAGAUCGAAAGAUCCGUGCAAAGCGUGACGAUGUCAUCCGGUUUUGGGCUGAGAAGUGCGCAGAGUUCGAGACGGACCCGAGUAUGAUCAGCAGAUAUCUGAAGGCAGACAAGUUCCUGGCUACACGCUCUCGGAAUGAUCACGGCUCUCUUAGUCCCGAGGUUCGACUCUAUCUGUGCCAGAUUCUUGGCAAGAUCUGGCUUAAAACCCGCGAGAACGUGCGUGAAAUGUCUCUCGAAGGACUGUACCUCAUUUCCAUGAUGUGGCACUCCCUCCAGGGGAUCUCGUGGUCGGGGACUUGCACGCCGGAAAUUGCAAAUGCCGUGCAAGGCAUUACGACGAGCCUACGGAUGCCUCAUCUUGAUGUUAGCGUUGGGGAACCAGCUCGAAAGCUGUCCUUCCUCAUCGAUGUCCAAGCAGCCAAACAUGCGGCGAAGCUUGUUCGAGACUAUCGCAUUCUCCAACUUGAACAUGGCGGCCCUUACAUGGAACGACGAUUUGACUCAAAGCCCGACCCGCGUGUACCGUUCGAGCCGGAUGCUUGGCAACGGAAGGUUCUUGACUCCAUUGACGCCAAUGAAAAUCUUCUGGUCGUUGCUCCCACUUCUGCGGGAAAAACCUUCAUCUCGUUUUACGCCAUGAAGAAGGUGCUUGAGGAGAACGAUGAUGCCGUGCUGGUUUAUGUGGCGCCCACGAAAGCCCUGGUCAACCAGAUUGCUGCUGAAGUCGAGGCCAGGUUCUCGAAGUCUUAUCACAACAAGGCGGGCAAGUCUGUUUGGGCAAUCCAUACCAGAGAUUAUCGUAUCAACAACCCCAGCGGGUGCCAGGUCUUGGUCACCGUGCCUGACGUCCUGCAGACCAUGUUGCUGUCGCCUUCAAAUGCCGCCCAGCCGACUUCCUGGUCACGCCGCGUCAAGAGAAUCAUCUUCGAUGAAGUUCAUUGUAUUGGCCAGGCUGAAGACGGUGUCAUCUGGGAACAGUUGCUGCUGUUGGCACCAUGCCCCAUCAUCGCACUAUCCGCCACGGUAGGAAACCCCAAUGAAUUCCGAGAUUGGUUACGAGUGGCGAGAGGAAAGAAGGGCUCGGAUAUGACCAUGGUGGUCCAUGACGUGCGAUACUCCGAUCUCCGCAAGUUCAUAUACCAGCCGCCGCCUGGAGAGUUCACCUUCGGCGAGCUCGCGAAAACUCCUCGGCUACCUGUCCCCGGAUUGGAUGAGGGUAACGCUAUCAGUCCAAACUUCAAGUUUGUGCAUCCCGUUGUUGCACUCAAAGACCAUAACCGUGCCGCGCUGGACGACCUGACCUUGGAGGCCAGGGACUGCCUCACACUGUGGGAAAAGAUGAAGGAACAUCUUUCGCCUGACCUUAUGAGUAAAUAUGAUGCUUUGGAUCCUAAAAAAGUCCUGCCACACAUUGUCUCCAAAUCCGACAUUGUCGGAUGGGAGAAGGGUCUGAAAGCGGCUCUUCGACAGGUUAUGGAGGCAUCUGAUUCAUCUCUCAAGACGCUCCAGACUAGCCUUGACCCAACGGGGCAGCAAAACGGCGCUCUGAAGUCGACGGAGACGACGGAGAAGUACAUUGAGCAACCCUUCCAAGAGGUUGACCAUGUUGUGAGCCUCUUUUCUCUGGUCUGUGAGCUUCACUCACAGGACGCGCUGCCAGCGCUUGCCUUCAACUACGAUCGUAUGGAGUGCGAGAGAGCCGUUGCUUACAUGGCCGAAAAAAUGGAAGAGAGAGAGCAAGAAUGGAAGGACGGGGAUGCUGCUUGGAACAAAAAGGUCCAGGACUUCAAGCAAUGGGAGAAGCUAAUGGCAGAUCAGCGUGAGUCCAAGGCUGGUGCCCGAGUCAAAGAUGCAGCUGGCGAUGCGUCAAAGGUCUCCAAGCUAGACCUUGCUCGCGAUGAGGGAAGCGCAGACAUCAGCCAGUGGAAGAGCUUUGAUAUAAAUGCUCCGCUGGACCCAUACAGCUUUGCCGAUACAACAAAGGUGCAAAAGUCGGAGUUUGACCAGAUGGUUCGGACUUUGCGCCGGGAAAAGGUCACACCGUUGUUGAUGAAGGCUCUUGAAAGGGGUUUAGGAGUCCAUCACGCGGGUAUGAACAGACGAUACCGCCAGAUUGUUGAAAUUUUGUUCCGGAGAGGAUACCUCAGAGUCGUCGUUGCCACCGGGACUCUCGCUCUGGGAGUCAACAUGCCCUGCAAGACGGUCAUCUUCAGCGGAGACUCGGUCUUCCUCAACACGCAAAACUAUCGUCAAGCUUCAGGUCGUGCCGGACGACGAGGAUUCGAUCUCCUGGGCAACAUUGUCUUCAAUGGUAUUCCCCAUGAACGUGUGUACGAGAUCAUGGCUUCGCGGCUUCCCGACCUAAAGGGCCAGUUCCCCAUCUCAACGACUCUGAUCCUCCGCUUGUUCGGUCUUUUGGAUGGCACCAAAAACUCGGAAUUUGCCAUGGAUUCGGUCAAGGCCUUGCUAUCGCAGAACAAACUGUACCUCGGCGGACCGGAUGCGGAUCUGUCGGUGAGGCACCACGUGCGCUUCUCCAUCGAGUAUCUGAGAAGACAAAACCUCCUUUCUGCAAGCGGAGCACCACUGAACUUUGCUGACCUCGUCGGACACCUGUACUUCACUGACAACUCGGUGUUUGCAUUCCACUCUUUGCUGCGUGGUGGUUACUUCCACAAGCUAUGUGCAGACAUAGAAAAAGAUCCCAAGAAUGUUCUUUUCGAGAUGAUGCUGGUGCUCAGCCACUUGUUUAGCAGAAUCCCUGUUCGGCGCGUCAAGGAGUCGAAUGACAAAAUUCGAAAGGCUCCCUCUGUCAUUCUUCCGAAGCUGCCAGAAGCCGCCGAGACCAUGCUCGUCCAGCACAACGGAGAGACAUUGUCCAUCUUCAAGGACUGCGUCCACUCCUACAUCAACCAAUACCUCGGCGAUAAGCCGGACCGUACGAUGCCAUUUACUCAGACUGCAGUUGGACCAUCGGAAGCUACUGGGGGAGCGUCCCUGGGUUGUGAAGGCACUACGAUUCGAUCUCCGUUUGUAUCCCUCUCUGGAUUUGGAGACGACUUCGACACUGUCCAGGAUCUCUGCUCUACAGUCCGAGGAGAUGUCUUCCUCGAGGAGUCUCUGAUUCCGCAAAUCCAGAUUUGGCCGAAUGACACUAGUACUGAUCUCAAUUCGUACAUUCUGGAUUUCUACAAACAUGGUAGCUUGGAAGACUUGGUGCGCGAGAACCGCAUCAAAGUCGGAGACGUGUGGUUUUUCCUCAAAGACUUCUCCAUGACGCUCAAGGCCAUCAUAUCUAGCCUGAAGAACUUGAUUGGUUUGGAGACAAGCGGAGACGACGACAGCGAUGGGUCGGACGAGAGUGACACCGAGGAGCUCGGGGGGAAACAGGAAGCUGCCAAGCCGGUAGCGGCCAAGGAAAAGAAGGAGGAUCCUGCCAAGAAGAAGAAGAAGGCCAAGGUUCUCGACAGUUGGGAUGAUGGAAGCAGCGAAUCGGAGUCAGAGCCAGCAUGGGACGAUUCGGAUGAGGAGGAUUCCACCCCUCCACCUUCAUCGGCGCAAAGUUCCCUUGGCGGUGGGUUGUUGAAUGUCCUCAAGGCCUUUGAGCUGUUGCAGGAAGAUUACGAGGCCAAGUUCAUGAAGAUCGGAGCUUGA